CAGAAAUUGGCACUUGGCAAUCGAUUGUUGACAGCUGGUUGACAGUAAAGAAUAGAGAUUUGACAGAUUUGUUAUGAUUUGUCGCAAAAGGAUUUAAAAGUUUGUUUUUAAAUAAUUUAUUUAAAAUUUUCACAUCAUGUUGACAUUGUGGAAUUUAUUUGAAGCUAGUUUAUUAUGCUUGAAUGCCGUUUGCGUACUCCAUGAGGAGAGGUUUAUGCAAAAAAUGGGCUGGGGAGCGAACACACCAAACCAAGGCUUUGAAGACCAAUCCUCCAUCAAAUUCCAAAUAUUGAACCUAGUCAGAUCAAUCAGAACUGUCACUAGGAUUCCACUGAUAAUACUCAAUAUUCUAACAAUUAUAUUUAAAUUAAUACUAGGGUAACUGGAGAUUGUCAGAAAAAAUAUAAAUGUAAGGUACAAUAAAUUGAGUUAAUAACCCAAUAAAGAAUAUUUGGUAAAUAAAUGUACUCAAUAAAGCAUAUUUUUUAUGGUU